GGAUGCUUUGUUUAACAGUGGUAUAUUUCGUAUGCCAUUGAAAAAUAUUCUGUUUAAUGAAUUAUUAUACUCCUUUAUAUUAUUACAGAAAAUUGAACAAAAUGAUUUAAAUAAAAUAUAUUUAAAAUUAACAAUAAUGAAUUUCAUCUAAUAUGUGGUGUGUUGUCCUUCGUGUACUUAAUUCGGCAUUACAAAAAACUGGCUAAUAUUUUCGGCUGUCUCCUUUAUUCAUUCUUCAUUUGUCAGCAAAAAAUAUAUUGGGUUUAAUUAUUUGAAGAAAAACCUAAAAAAUUACUAGUUUUUAUCAUUUAUGUCAUGAACUAAUGUUUUCGUCUAUCGAAUUUUUGUAUUUAUUUGUGUACUGGAACAAUCUCAUAUAUGUAUGUUUCACUUCAAAAUUUAUUGUGUUUACCUGUAUACAUUUCAUUUGUUGCAAUUUUUUGUUGUACAAAUUCAUACAAAUAUCAAGAAAUAAAAAUAUAUUAAGUAAUUAUGUGUAAUGUACCACCAAAGUUCUAUCAAGUUUGUCGAUUGUGCAUGAGUCUUGUCAAUGACUAUGAUGUUGAAAAGUUAAACAUUUUCGAUUCACCUUGCGUCAAUAAUAAUGCGAGUCAACAUCAAUCUCAGUCCAAGAAAGCUAAAUAUGCAUACGAUGAUAUUGAGACCAAUAAUCUCGACGAUAAUGAAAGCAAUGGAUCAGAAUCUACUAAGACGCAGCAGCAUUUAUCAAAAGGAAAAUCAGCUGAUGGUAAAUCAAUACCAUCUACUUCUGCAUAUUCUGCAAAAUCCCAACGUCAUAAUAUCUUAGAAACGUGUAUCGAAGGGGUGGAUAAAAGUAAAAUAAAUGGUGAGAGGGAUUGUAUUCAAAAAAAAUAUGAGGGAGAUUCAAUUCUUAAUCAAAAGAAUGUGGAAUCGAUUUCAUCAGUUGUGUUAUCAACACCACCAAGAUCUUCAAAAACAUUAACAACAUCUCCUAAAACCCUAAAUCUCCCAUCGCCAACAAAAGUGAUUGAAUUGGAAGCUUCUUCUUUCUACUCUACUUUCAAAUCGGAAACGGGGCAGAACAUCUUGGUAACAGACAGUGAAGAUUGUGAUAUCAAAAAAUGUUUUAAUGACUUGACUGCGGAAGAUAAGAGUGAUGAAGAUGGUGAUUCAUCAUUAGAUAUCAUCGGACAGAUAUAUAACUGCUUAUCCAUAAAGGUCACACCAAAUGAUGGUCUUCCGUCGGUUGUAUGUUAUGAAUGCAGAAACAAACUUGAAGACUGCUACCAGUUUCGAUUAGUGGCACUUAAAACGCAGAUUGAUUUGAAAACAAUUCUACAAAAUCAUUUAUCUAAAGUUGGUGCGAACAAUGAAGAAAAAGAAAAAUUGUCUUUCAAUAUGAAAACUGGCCGCAGGAAGCAAGCCUGUCCAAGCAAAUCGGACUGCAAAGAUAUUUUUGAAAAUGCAGGUCAUACAUUUAAAAAUCAACAUCACUCCGAUGACUAUUUAGAUCACAGCAGUUGGACCAAUAAUGCUCCAGGUGAAAAAUCAAAGAAUAAAAGCUCGAGUUUUAUUAGCAGCCAAAAGGAUAUGUCUUGUUCGAACUGUGGAACAUUAACAACAACCAUAUGGAGAAGAAAUGUUCGAGGAGAAAUGGUUUGUAAUGCAUGUGGUCUGUAUUUUAAAUUACAUGGUGUUAACAGACCACAUUCGAUGAGGCGUGAUACUAUUCACACACGCAGAAGACGCCCUAAAGGCAGUGAAAUGGGUGGAAGAAAAAGAAAUAAAAUUGCUGCUGCAAGUUCAUCAGACACAAGCAAUCAUCGAGAACGCGAACAGAAAGAUGAUCUUCAAGUUUUAAAAAAUAGCUCCUUUUUUAUGACUUUGGGCUCUAACAGUCCCGACAAAACAGCUUUUUCUUCACAGCAUUACUCGCAGUACCUGUGCUCACGUCAAAAUACUCAAGUCGACAAGGAAAUUCCAGUUGACGUUAAGAAAGAACUCAAUACAUCUCGAAACGAAGAAACUGAAAGCGAUAAUAGCAGUCAUGAGAAUGAGAGUUACAACUCGCCUUUAAAUUUAGUAUCUAAUGAAUCCCAAGCUAAACUUCAAUACAAUACUAACCUUAGUCGUUCAAAUUAAAAGCGUGUUCCAAAAACAAAAACAAAAAAAAAAAAUUUAACUCCUAGGGGUACCAGAUUUAACUAAUUUAUUAUAAACAAAAUAAGCAAUGAAAUCAAAUUUGACUAUUAACAUGAUAUUAUUUUAUAAAAACUACAAAUAUGGAUCAACUUAUUGUGAGUAUUUUAGUAUUUAUUUAGUAUAUUCAAAAAUUAAAAUUUAACAAAACAAACGAACAAAAAAUACUCAAUUGUUGAAGGAAUCAAUUAAUUUCAUUAUUAAUACAUAUUCGUUCAAGAUUGAUGAUUUCUGCAAUCAUAAAUACAAGAAAUCAUGUAUGUACUUAAUUGACCAUAGUAAAACUUUGGUAGAAGUUAACACGUCUUACUGACAUUCAGUAUAAUAUUAACUUAUAAAGUGGAAUAGAAUAAAAUUAAAAGAUUAAAAAAAAUAUGUAUAUAAUUCCGUUGGCCUACGCUGAAUGUCAUGACAACCACUUAUGCUUAUGAACACUUAGUAUUAUUAUUACACUUCGAAUUUACUUGUCGUUUUUUUUAAUUUUUAACUCAAUUACUUCACGUAUUAAACUUAAAACGUUAAUAUUUAUUUAACCGUAUGCUUAUUACAAUAAUAAUAAUAAAAAAAAGAUAUUACAAAAUAAAAAUUAACAAAUAUUAAAAGAAAAACAAUACAACUUAAAACUAACGUGAAAAAGUUUCUUGCCUAAAAUAUGCAAAAUGUGUGAUAAUAGAAUUACCUUCUCUUACUUUAUGUAUACUAUAUAUAUAAAGCCCUCCAUUUGGAUCGUAGUUAUGUAUUAAAUCGAAAAAUAUUUCAAUUUUUUCUCAUAUUUAACACUUUUCAAAUUAACUAAUUAAAAAACUAAAUUUGCAGAAAAUUAUGUAAAGCAUAGAAAACAACUUGCAUAGAACAGAAACAAAAAUAAAAUCGAAAUUUAAAAAAAUAAUGAAUACAAUUACAGAUCUAAACAAUUUACUAACACCGUACAUACUUUUUAAAUAUAUGUAUAAAAUAAGUAUUUUUUAGAUCUAUAAAAUAUAUUUUAACACUGAAAGUUAAGAAAUCAUAUAUUCAUUGCUUUAUUUUUAUAUGAAAAAAAAUUUAAAUUUGUAAAAUAGUAAGAAAAACAAAUAUACAAACAUGAGCCCUUUAAUGUAAUGAUAAAUAAUUAUAAUUAACUUUUCUUCUGCGGCAAAUAAUUU